GCGCGACAACCCAUUUUCAUUUUUUACACUCUUUCCCUUGAGAGAUUGUGAUUUCAGUGUCCUUUCAACAUCUCUAUGUAUCACUGCAAUACCUAACAGGAAAAAGUUAGAUAUUCCCAUAUGGUUUACAGACUCACAAGCAGACAAUCUUAAAACUGGGAGUGUGCAAAAGAUAGCCCACUUUUUAUCUUUCUUUUUACAGAUUAACAGCAGCCCCAGUUCUCAGACCAAUUCAACAUAUUGAGCUCUUCCCCACCUCUCCCCCUCUGAACCAACUGCCAACAUGAGAAGAGAGAGAGAGAUGCAGCGAGUUGCAGUGUUUCAAGCUCAAAGUACUUUUGAGCCUCCCAAAGAAAUGUAACCAUAGGCAUUAAAGCUGAAUGGUAGAUGCUUUUGCUUGUUGUUUUGUUGUCAGGGGAAUGGGGGGACCAUCUUUUCCCCGUUACUUUCUGCAUUUUUACCUAGCUGAUUAGCUUUGCUACUUUGGAGAACUUGCAGAGGCCUAUGUUCUAGCUUCUGUAGCUCUGCUGCUUAUAUGUUUAGACCUGUUGAAAGAAAAAAAGAGUGUGUCAUGUGUGUAUGGGAGAAGUGCGAACCAUUGCUUUCUUCUUUGAAUUAUUAUCUUCCAAGGUGCAGAUUAUCAUUAUUAUUAUUAUAGAUUUUCCAGUUCAGAGUUGGGUCGUGCCUUUAGAUGGCUUUUUGCAUGAUAAACCGAUGUCUGUCUCCCUGAAAUGACUAUAGUUUUGAACACAUGAAAAACUCAGAAGUCUCGGCCUGUUGCAUAAGCCUUUAUGAUUGUUUGUGGCUUUCAAAGUCUAGUCAUAUGGAAUUUUAACUUGUUUGCUUUGACAAGACACGGUUCUAAAAUCUCGGGUUUAUCAUUCCUCAAGCCCCACAAAUGAGUGAAAUUGGAUUCUCAUUCUCAUGGAUUCCCCCUUCAAAAUUUAAGUUCCCCUCACUGAAAUUUCAACCAAAAAUCUCUUGAGACGCUUCUCUGAUUACCAUGGUCUCCCAAGAAUCAUCCCCCAACCCAACUUCAAGCAUUUUGCACCAGUUCAUCAUCUCUGACUCCUUCACGAGUCCAAACCAAUUUGAAAACCAUCAUUUUGAUGCUUAUGGAUCUGAUUUAAGAGGCAGUAACACAUUUCCUCAGUCUCUCGGCGUCUUGCCCAGCAUUCAGUCUCUCGGAGAAAGAAUGUCUAGAUCAAUAGACCUUGUUCAAGCUCCUGCAGUAGGAGAAGAGUCUGAGAUCAGCCACACCAGACACUUCAUGGAUCUUCUUGGAGCUGCAAAUGAGUCCAAUCACCAAGCUCACAGGCUCUCGCUCUCCCUAGGCUCUCAUGUGCUAAUGCCUUCCGUUCAUUACAGGCAAAGACCCUUAAACUCGGACUUCGUGAGCUCCAAUUACUUAUUUUCUGGCGAAGAAGCAAGAGAAGCUUGCAACCCAGGAGUGGAGCGCCUGUGUGAUGAUUAUUCUUAUGUGAGUAGCGCCUUUGCUACACCUUCAACCUCUCUCAAUCGCUCUUGUUCCACUUCCUAUGGAACAGAGUCUUUUGUCAAUGCAGUCGGGAACUCAAGAUAUUUAAGACCAACUCAGUCCCUCCUUGAAGAAGUUGUUAACGCGGGUGGCAAGGCCAUUGACUUGAGCAAUGAAAAAUAUAUCGGUAGGUUGUCCCGAAGUGGCAGAAGAGGAGCUCUAGGAUUUGCUUCUGAGCUAAAAGCAGAAUUGUGUGGGAAUGGAUCAUUAUCAGCUGAAAAACAAGAUAUUCAGAUAGAAAUAGCGAAACUUAUUGGCUUGUUGGAGGAGGUUGAGAGCAGAUAUGAGGAGUACUAUCAUCAAAUGGAAGACGUGGUAUCCUCCUUCGAGGUGAUAGCAGGUGUGGGAGCAGCCAAGUCUUACACUGCUCUUGCCCUUCAGGCCAUGUUUAGACAUUUUUGCAGCUUGAGAGAUGCCAUUAUAUCUCAAAUCAAUGUGGCAAGAAGAAAGCUUGCCCAAGAUUUGCCGAAAAUCAGCACAGGAUUUUCACAACUUAGCUUGUUUGACCAAGAGGGUAGAAACAGCCGAAUGUCUCUUCAACAGCUGGGAAUGUUCCAAAGCCACCGGCAAGCAUGGCGACCCAUAAGGGGAUUGCCGGAGACCUCUGUGGCUAUCCUUCGGUCAUGGCUCUUCGAACACUUUCUCCACCCUUACCCAAAUGACUCUGAGAAGUUAAUGUUGGCAUCACAGACAGGCCUGACUAAGAACCAAGUCUCAAAUUGGUUCAUAAAUGCUCGGGUUAGACUAUGGAAGCCUAUGAUAGAAGAAAUGUACAAAGAGGAGUUUGCAGAGUCUUCAGUAGAGUCGGAUCCAUUAGUAGCGAGCAGUUCCACAAGGUGCGAGUGAUAAUGGAGAGGGAUGGAAAGGGUAGCAAAAACCCGACUCAAAUGGUCUUGAGCUCACUGCGCAGAUCGAUGUUCACUUUGUUCCGAAUUUUAAAUGUAAAAGCAAGCUUUAUUAUGAAUAUAAUUCGGAGGAGUUAAAAAAGGAUACGGCUUGAACUACCCUUUACAUGGGGCAGGCACAGACUUCUGGUUUGACUGCUUAAGGUGCAUUUUCGCCACCGAGACAAUCACAGUGGUGUUGGUUUAUUCACCAAAUAAUAAUUGCCCAUUUGCCCCUA